AUGGUUUCCGGGCACUUGGGGGAAGUGAGCAAAGCUCCAGAAUACGAGACUGUCGCUCUACACGGUGGACAGCAGCCAGAUCCCAUUAACGGUUCAAGGGCUGUGCCCCUGUAUCAAACAUGCGCCUACAACUUCACCGACGCCUCGGAUGGUGCAAGUAAGUUCGCAUGGUCAAAGGAUGGCUAUGUGUAUACUAGAAUGGGCAAUCCCACAAACUCGGUGUUCGAGACCAGGAUGGCGAUGCUUGAAGGCGGCGUGGGGGCCGUCGCUACCGCCAGCGGCCAUGCCGCCCAAUUUAUGGCCAUUACCUCAGUGUGCGAGCCAGGUCACAACUAUAUCAGCACCAUGAACCUAUACGGCGGCACACACAAUCAAUUCCGAGUUUACAUGAAGAAGUUCAAUAUCCUUUGCAAGUUCAUGGAAGGACAAGACCCGCAAGGGAUCAAAAAACUUAUCGACGACAAGACCAGGGCCGUGUACAUUGAAACCAUCGGAAAUCCCCAAUUCAAUGUACCCGAUAUCAACGCUAUCGCUAAUGUCUGCCACGAGGCGGGUAUCCCGCUGAUCGUGGACAACACUUUCGGCAUGGGCGGAUAUCUUGCGCAGCCAAUCAAGCAAGGCGCAGACAUCGUCACGGCCUCAUGCACCAAAUGGAUCGGCGGCCAUGGGACAUCGAUGGGCGGGAUUGUGAUUGACGGAGGCCACUUUGACUGGUCCGCCUCUGGCAAGUUCCCCGGUUUCACUGAACCCUCAGAGGGUUACCACGGCAUGCGGUUUUGGGAGACUUAUGGCUACAAGGCUCUCGCAGCCAAGCUUCGCAUGGAUGCGAUGAGAGACUUGGGUCCCUGUAUGUCGCCCUUCAACGCCUGGCUCUUUCUCCAGGGCCUCGAAUCACUUCCAGUUCGCGCCGACAGACAUGUCGCCAAUACGCUUGCCUUUGCGCAGUGGCUUGAGAAGCACCCCUGUGUUGCGUGGGUAAAUUAUCCAGGUCUGAAAUCGCAUCCCGACUACGAGCUCGCUCAGCGUGUUCUACCGAAGGGAGCCGGAGCGGUCCUCACCUUUGGUGUGGCGGGAAACAUAGAUGAAGUCGAAGCUGUCGUCAACAAUCUCAAACUCUGCUCUCACCUGGCUAACGUCGGUGAUGCUAAGACACUGAUCAUUCAUCCCUGGCGAACCACCCACCAGCAGAUUCCCGACCAAGAGAAGAUCAAGGGAGGUGUCACCCCCGACAUGAUCCGUAUCAGCCUCGGCUUGGAGCACAUCAACGACAUCAUUCACGACUUCGAGCAGGCUUUCAAGGCCGCCGGUCUGAAGGGAGCCAAGGACUGGGUCCCGACGUGGAAGAAAGGAAUGGAGGGCGAGGAAUGGUCCAAGGGUACAUUGUACGCACCGAACCCUAAUGGUGUCAAGGAGGAGGUGGCCACGAGUGUAUAA